AGGGUCACACUUUAAACCCGACCCGCCGCCUCUUAUCACCACCGCCAGCGCCACCGCAAGAAAAUGAGCAAGAGGGUGUCCGGUCCCAAGCUGAGGCGUAUGUAUUGGGGUUUGGGUCGACUCCGGUCGAUUCUCAUGGCGACGGCGACAAUUGACAUUGCUAAUUUGCAAGUGUUUGUAGAGAAUGGAGGACGGACAUUGCUGAGCUAUCUGGGCCUGACUUUCGAGGUUUGCAUUACAUCGGUGGAUGGUAAACUAAAAUCUGCUGGUCGACAUUGUUCUCGCCUGCAAAGUACAUGGCUUUCGAACUACAUAUGGACAACCUAAAGCUAGCGCUCUCGUAUACUUGUCCCCAGAGACCUUGCGGUUGCGGUUUCAGAUCCCCUGCCACUGUUCAACUAGAACUUGGUCUGGUUGAUACAUUUCUCAGAUUUUGUAGGCUUGGAUGGCAAGCUGGCUGGUUGAAAUUGAUUUCAGUUUCUUUUGUCCUUUGCUCCUCACCCAACAGAGUUGAACAGAUACUGCUUUAUUUUGGGUUCGAACAUGUAACAGCUGCUGCUGCCUCUCACAGUGUUGGUAAACUUAUGGGAAAAAAGCAGAUGGGGCACCUUUCGCGAGUCAUAAUGUACAAAAACGUCAACCACUACCUAUUUUCCUUGAGCUCGUCCGAGGCCCGUUUAUCUCUAGGGUUACAAUUCAUUGAUUUCCUUGGCGGGAAAAGCUCUCUGCGGAUAUCUGCAAACAGUUCAACUUGAGCUGAGAAAGUCCUUAGCUUGGAGGCAUUGCCAGAUCCUAUAUUACAUG